AUGAUUGCCAUCCGCCUCUUCUCCUCGCACGGCUUUUUCUUCUGGUUUCAAGGGGUUAUCAUGAAAAGGGCAAAGGCACUUGUUGUUGCCGAGCAGGCCACACCGCAAGUGAUUCCAUGUGAGCCGUCCUACAUGGUGUGUUUAGAAUCCUCUGAUGGGCAUCGUUUCUUAGUGGACCGAAACUGUGCUAUGGUGAGUGGCGUGAUGCGGCAAGCCAUGCGCAACAAACUUUCAGAUUUUGAUGACAACAACUCCUCCCAUGUGGCGGCAAACGCAACUUCCACCGCAGAUGGGACGGUUUGUCCUGCCUCUCUGUCACCCACAACGUUUGAAACGGCUACCUUUUCCUCCUCCAUCGCUUCCUCCGUAUGCUCCGAGGAUUGCGCGAGUACCAUGGGAAACCUCAUGUCACCCACGCAACGCGGGGAGGAGGUAUGCACGAUGACAAAAAUUGGAUCGUUAGAAUAUGAAGUUAUUAAACUGGAUGAGAUACCCGGGGACCUCCUUGACCUCGCAGUGCAAGAGAUGUACUACAAGUACAGGUACGAUGGGGAGCCGGAGAAGCGACCGCAGGAACCAACGCAUACUGUAGAUAUGAGGUACAAACUCGCUGCGUUGAGCGUCCUCCUAGAUAUGUAA